AUGAGCGCCUCCGCCAGCGUUGCCCGCCGGGCAGUCGUUGCGAACCCACUCGCUGGGAACGCACGCGCUCUCACAGGCCUUGCUCUGCCCCACGGAUCUUUCAACAGAUACGCCCGACACCUCCCCCGCAAGACUUCGGCACUCGCCAUCCUUGUUCCCGUUCGCCACAUGAGCACUGAGCAUCAUAACCAGAACCAACCGCAUUCUGGCCCGCCCCCUGGGUUCAAUGUCGAUGCGGCUAAAAAGCCUCUCGCUCAAGAUGCCUCAUCCGUCCCCAAGAAGGGUCAGAGCUCUUCUGAACAGAAGAAUGCCUCGAACAACAGCGCUGCAAGCUCAUCCGAGGUUCCAUUGAAGGAGGUUGAGCUCGACGCCGAGGGCGGUGCUGGUACUUCUGUGAAACAGGGCGUUGCGGUUGACGCUAAAGACUCCAAAGAGCAGAAGUUGACGGUGUGGCAGAAGGUGAAGAAGGAGGUGCAUCACUACUGGGAUGGCACCAAGCUCCUCGCUGCUGAGGUCAAGAUCAGUACUCGACUGGCGCUGAAGAUGGCUGCUGGUUAUGAGCUCAGCCGAAGGGAAAACCGCCAGUUGAAACGCACCGUUCAGGAUCUGGGUCGACUGAUUCCGUUCUCCGUCUUCAUUAUUGUCCCCUUCGCCGAGUUGCUGCUUCCCGUAGCCCUCAAGCUGUUCCCCAACCUGCUGCCCAGCACGUACGAAGGACAGAAGUCCAGGGAUGCCAAGGUAUCGGGCCUUCGAACGACAAGAAAAGAAGUCAGCAAAUUCCUACAGCACAGCUUGAAGGAAUCUGGCCUCCCUGUGACUCCGGCAACCAUCCAGCGGGAGGAGAUUACGACAUUCUUCCGGAAGCUCCGUUCUUCGACAGAGACACCUACCCACGAAGACAUCAUCAAGGCGUGCAAGAUUUUCAAGGAUGACUUGACGCUGGACAACCUGUCCAGGCCUCAGCUGGUUUCGAUUUGCCGCUACAUGAACCUGAACAACUUCGGUACGGACAACAUGCUCCGUUACCAGAUUCGCCACCGUAUGCGACAAAUCAAGAGAGACGACAGGCAGAUUAGCUACGAAGGUGUCGCGUCACUCACUUCUGGAGAGCUGCAGAUGGCUUGCGCCAGCCGAGGCAUCCGCACGCAGAGCGUCUCGCCCGCGAGGAUGCGCGAGUACUUGCAGCAGUGGCUCGACCUCCGUCUCAAGGAGGCAGUACCCUCGACUCUGCUUGUGCUCAGCAACGCAUACAUGUACGGCCAAGGAGCCGGUGGAGCGACGAGUCAGAUCGAUGCUCUUGUUGGCGUGCUUUCUUCCAUUCCGGAUGAGCUUCUCCACGAAAUUGCCCUCGAGAUUGAGACAUCUCAGGGCGCUGCCACCAACAAGCAGCGUCUGGAGGUUCUCAAGGAGCAGCAGGAACUGAUCGAGGAGGAGAACGAGCAGAACGAGGAGAAUGCCAGCACUGGUCUGGCCACGCCUCGUGACAUCGAGGACAUUGACGAGAAGGAGGAUGCGAUCGCCAUGGAGGCCAAGUCAGUCAGCCCCGAACAGGUGAAAGAGGCCGCCGAGGCAGAGCAGGAGAUGCUUGACGCUAGGCGAUCGCAAGAGGUGACCCCUAAGAAGAACGAGUGA